ACCAUAUCUCUAUCGCGCAAAUUCAUCCGCAUUAGCCAGCUAGUUCGUUGUUCGUUGUCAUGGAUGCGCCGACUAUACUCAUCGUUUCCCUCCCAGCCAAAACCUUCCUUGGCCUGGACCUCGUCUCAUUCACCUCCUCACCCAACUUCCACGGCAUCACCAAGGUUCCGCCGGGCCUACACUUUCUGUACACUGGCACCGACGCCUCGCUUUCCAUCCGCCAUGGCCGCUGGCUUCACAUAGUCCCAAGUACCCCGCCGCAGGUCCUACAAUGGGACCCUGCCACCGAGACACUCGACCUCCUCGACCCAAACUGCGCACCCGCACGGAGCGCGAUCAAUUCACUCUCGUCGCGCGGGCUGGUUGAUUACACAGCCCUGCAAGAUGCGACUAGUGACCUCGCCUCGCGUGAUGCUUCUGCCAAUUCGCCUGCACCCGAUGCCGAAACUGGGGACGAGAGGGCAGAUAGCACAGACUGGCCGUCUCUAAUAUCGCACAUCUCCCCACAUCUCUUAACCCGUGUGUUGUCUACGAAUUGGGCUAUAUCGAGCAUAUCCUCCGCCCCCUCUGAUACGGAGAGCAUCCCCGGACUGUCGCAUCUCGAGGCAAGCAAUGCUCUGCACCAAUCCCCGCUUAAUCUUGUCCCGGUCAAUCUCAAGCAGACAUGGGCGGACGCUGAUAUCGGUCGGACACGCACCGACCGCGCUAGAGACAGAAGCUGGUACCUCUCUCACCUCGUUGAUACGGUCACACUGGCAGGGAAGGACAAGGCGGUCGGCGCGAGGGAAAUACUGGGCGAAGUGCAAUUCUGCUUCCUCAUGGUCCUUACGCUUGCGAAUUACAGCUGUCUCGAGCAGUGGAAGCGACUGCUGAGCGUAUUAUUGACAUGUCAAGCCGCGCUGGACGAGGUCCAGGGUUACUUCGUGGAGGUCGUCAGGGUGCUUGCGAUGCAGGUGCGGCAUUUUGACGAUGUGGAGGGCGGAAUGUUUGAGAUGAGGGAAGAAGGCGGGAGUGCAUGGUUGAGAAGCGUCUGGGGACGGUUGAGGGCCGUAGUGGAGGAUGCCUUCAGUAGGGGGGAGGACGAGGCCGAGGGAAAAGGAAAGGGAAAGGGAACAAGCAAGGUGGGAGAGCAAGGCUUGAAGAAGGAAGUCGAGAAUCUGCAGAAAUUGUUCGAGGAUAAGUAUGGGUGGACAAGUGAGAAGGAUGUACUACGAAGAGGUAUGCUAGAGUUGGAAGACGGAGAGAGGAUUGAGGUUAGUAUGGCUGGUGUCGAUGAGGAUGAAGAGACUGGGGAGUAUGCGCCUGUCAUUGUUGAUACGUGAUGGGCAAGUUCACGUAGUCGAUGCAGCACAUAACGAGGCUCAGAAGUAGCUGCCAAAAGGAAUGGACCAUGUCCUUGAGUCGGAUCAGCUCGAGAGAUAGGAAACCUGGUUUUGAAC